AUCUUAUUGACAAUCCAACACACACACGAACGACUGGAAACGACGAGGGGGUUUGGUUUUUUGUUUGUCCAAAAAAGAAGUUUCAAAGUCGAGGGGAACCAUAGCAGCAGUUGGCUCUUCUGGGAUAUGAUUUAUUGGCCCGAGAAAUUCCUGUUUCAUCAGAGCAACGACCAGGAAUGUUAAGCUCACACGAGUUGGCAGCAGUUUAAUCUGCAUGACUCGGCGGCAUUAUUCCAGUUUUCCCAGCCUACGUGAAUAUCAACCCAUUGGAAUUGGAACAGCCCCCAUUCAACCCUUUGGAUUGAAUUAUCCACAGGACGACACUUGCCCUUAAAUCCUCCAACUGACUCCAAGUUUUUUAGCGCCAGAUGGCUACGAUCAGGAAUCGUGACUCGUGCUGUCUGCAGUCUGCUGCCUCGUGACUAAAAGUCUAAAACAUUUUUCUGAAACUACUCGGGUGGGAAGUCUCGAGUUUGUUCCUCGUUUGGUUUUGUAAACGUUUUAAAAUAAUAAAAUAAAUUGAGAAAGAUUAAUAUUUUCCUAUUGACGUUCCAUGGGCAAUACAGACAGAAACAAUUAGAGUGACAAAACCGAAUUGUUCUGGUGAAUUCUGAUUCAUGUGGUCGUUUGACAAGGCAAAAUCAAUCAUCAUUCCGUAGCCGACUAUUUUCUCGUUAAACAGACUGUUCAUUUGGUGUAAAGGAAAUGGAGCGUACUGAGGUGAAUGUAGAAUUGAGGAAAUCCCAGAAGGACGACGACCUGCUGCUGAAUCGACACAACCUUGAAAUCGAUGACGAAACCCUUAGCCCUCUUGAAAAAACAAAUCGUGUGGAUGCAGCCUACAUGAGCAUUGAGGACAUGGUUAAUGGUAUCAAUAGUGGUGAUGAAAACAUGGAAAUUACUGCAACACACGCUGUACGUCAACUCCUCAGCAAGGAACCUAACAUGGACUUAACGAUCUUAAUCGACGAUAUUAUUCCCAAGCUGGUAGAAUUCCUAGGUCGUGUAAACAACCCUGAUCUUCAGUUUGAUUCUGGGUGGGUUCUCAGCAAUAUUGCGUUAGGCUCUGAGUGUGAGCAGACUGAAGGCUUCGUCGACAGUGCUGGGGCUGUUGCUGGACUCAUUUCUUUGUUGGGUUCACCACAUCCAGUUGUGGCCGAGCAAACUGUCUGUGCUCUCGGUAAAAUCGCCGAUUUCAGACCAGAGCUUCGAGAUCACGUCAUCGAGCUAGGCAUCAUUAAGCUUUUGGUCACCUUGAUAAAACCCGAUGCACCAGAUACAUUAUUGCGUAACGUCACUUGGACUUUGUCCAACUUGUGUCGCAACAAGAUCCCUCCGCCCAGUGUCCCUUCCGUCCGACAACUUCUUCCCGUCUUGGCCCACCUGAUCCACAGCAACGACAAAGAGAUCCUAGCCGACGCUUGCUGGGCUCUGUCGUACCUCACCGAUGGCCCGAACGAACGGAUUAAAGAAGUGGUUGACGCCGGAGUCGUCCCUCGUCUCGUCGCUUUGCUGGACCAUAAUGAAUUGGCCGUCAUCAACCCCACUCUGAUUGCUAUCGUCAACAUCGUUUCAGGAAGUGAUUUUCAGACGGAAUCCGUCUUGGAUGCUGGUGCCUGCCCGUCGCUGGCCAAGUUGCUGGUUCAUUCGAAGAUGAAGAUCGUCAAGGAAGCUACCUUGGCCGUGUCCAACAUUGCUGCCGGCAAUACUAUCCAGAUUCAAGCUCUCAUCAACAACAACGUUGUUCUUCCGUUGGUGGACGUACUGGGCAACGGCGAUUUCGAAUGCCAAAAAGAAGCAGCUUGGGCCAUCACCAACAUCACCUUGGGUGGUACUGUCGAGCAGAUCGCUUUGUUGCGCCAGUUUGGUGUCAUUCCUCCGCUGUGCGCUUUGUUAGAGGCUAAGGAAGAUAGCAAGACUAUCUUGGUCGUUUUGGAAGGCUUGGCUAAUAUUUUGGCCGUAGCCGAAAUAAUGGGUGAACUGGAGAAUGUUUGCCUUCACGUCGAAGAGUGUGGAGGCCUGGAUCGCAUCGAAGAUUUGCAGAGCCACGAAAAGAAUAAGAUUUCUUACAAGGCGCUGGCCAUUCUGGAGAAGUACUUCUCAAAUGACAGGUAGGGAGAUUCCUAGUUGGCGCAAUCUACAUCGCAGAGGGGCAAUAGGGAAUUCAACAACCAGCCAACUCAAUGACCCCCCCCGAAGGAAGGUUUCUCAUUUUAAAUUUUGUCGUCUAAAAUUCUUUUUUUCUGCCUUUACAAUGGUAACUAUGUUUUUCACUUCCUUCCACGCUAUCCUAACAAGUUUUGGCCUUUUUUUUGAAAGAUUUAACGAAAUUUUUAAACUGAAAUUUGCCAUUUGCUUUCGUUCCUGUUCAUUCUUUCCUCUUUCUCUAUGCGCGAUAGAAGUGCAAUACAGAACAACUCGGAUCAA